CAAGGUCAAACCUGCCGUUCUAUUCAGCGUUAGCGAUCUACAGCUAGUCUAUAACCAACUAACUACAGGAUCCUGUCAACUUGAUGGGUACCAGUUAAUUAGAAGAACGGGAAUGUGUCUGAAAUUUUCACCAGACAGAAAGACGUGGCUUCAGGCUAAAGCAGAGUGCGAAUCUGAUGGCGCGAGACUUGUUAAGAUUGACACAGAAGACAAAAUGAGGGACGUCUCAUACAUACUAGUGGCAGAUCACAUCGGAAAGUUUUUCAUAGGCGCUAGGAACCACAACGGCUCAUGGGAAUGGACUGACGGAAGUGUCGUGAAACAACAGUGGUGGUUGUUCCGAGACGAGCCAAGCGACUACAGCCAUAGGGACUGCUUAGUAGCACGGAGUGAUUUUGCUGACUGGCAUAAUAUCCCAUGCAGAAGGCUCAGGCGAUACAUCUGUGAAAAGUUAUGAUAUAAAUACAGUGGCAGAUCCAGAAAAUAAUAAGAGGGGUGGCUGGAUUUGGAUGGAGUGAACCUGCGGGGGCUGAGCCAUGGUGAAGGUUCCGGGGGCAAAGUCCCCUGAAGUUUCGGCAUUCUGGACAUUUCAAAAGCUUAUUUCACUGACUUCCGAGGAUCUAAUCCUAAUUAAUUCCAUAAAGUUGAUAAACGUUUUGCCGUUUUCCUGAUUCACACCAAAAUAUAUAGAAAACGAUUUAAUUUUGUCCUUACCGAUGCCAGCCAUACUCGGUUCAAUUGUACACCUGAUUGACAACAUGGCGAUGUAUAUUAUGUUCGCUAACGGAAUGACUUUAUAUGCAUCUUCCUGAACAAAACUUUGAAGUAACAGUAUAUGUUUGGAAUGAACAUAAAAAAAAAUUGCAAAGGAAGGGAAGGGGUGGCUAGCCACCCUAUUCACCCCCACCUGGAUCCGCCACUGAAAUACAAAACUGGUGUUAUUAAAUAUAAGAGAUAAACAUUAUCUAUACACAACUAUACCACACAGCUGUGAAGAUAUUAAGAUAUAAUAUAUUGGUAGUUGAUAUGGUUAGAUGUAUCUUUAACAAAUAGAAUAAAUAAAUCCAUUGUUUGUGAGCAGGACAGUUGUCCGAUA